GUCUCUCUGGAUCAAGAAAAUCCUUUUGACAGAUUUGAACAUAAGUAUCUUUGGAAAUGUCUGGCAGCCUUUGGUUUUUGCCAAAAAUUUAUAAAACUGGUCAUGGUUCUGUACCGUGAGGUUGAGAGUGUGCUGAAAGUGAACGGUGGCUUAUGCAACCCUUUUAAGGUUGGCCGAGGGGUAAGACAAGGGUGCUAACUCUCAGGCAUGCUUUACUCUUUGGCCAUUGAACCCUUACUGCAACAAAUAAGAUUAAAAUUAGAUGGGUUACAAAUCCCUAUGGUAAACUCCAAUGUUCAUUUAUCUGCUUAUGCUGACGAUGUUGUGGUGUUCAUUAGUAAUCAGAAAGACGUUGAUAUGUUGCUUGAAAUACUUACUGAUUUGAAUGUUUAUCAUCUGCCAAAGUCAAUUGGAAUAAAAGUGAAGCUGUGAUGUGUGGAAAUGGGACUGGAAAAACAUAAGACUUCCAGACGGAAUUCCGUGGCUAAGAGGAGGUUUUAAAUAUCUAGGAGUGUUUAUGGGGGAUGAAUAUACUGUACACAAGAACUGGGAUGGCAUUGUUGACAAAGUGAAAGGGCGGCUAGCCAAGUGGAAAUGGCUGGCCCCGAAGCUGUCCUAUAAAGGGCGUACUUUAAUUAUCAAUAAUUUGAUUGCUUCAUCCUAGUGGCAUAAACUGGCCUGUAUAGAUCCACCUUCAAAACUACUCGCAGAGAUACAAGCAAUCCUGGUGGAUUUCUUCUGGGAUAAACUACACUGGAUUCCUCAAAGUGUUUUGUUUUUACCAAAAGAAGAAGGGGGGCAAGGACUGUUGAAUUUGCAGAGCAGGACUGCAGCUUUUCGCCUGCAGUUCAUUCAGAGGCUACUGGCAGGGGCUACUGAGCCUAAUUGGAAGACUGUUGCUUGUUUUAUUUUGCAAAGUUUGGGGGGACUACAGAUGGACAGAUCUCUCUUCCUUCUAGAUUCUCUCAAAUUUGACAUGUCCGGAUUACCAGUGUUUUACCAUAAUCUUUUUAAAGUUUGGAGCCUUUUCAAUAUUCAGAGGACACAGUGUUUUAACUCUCUUUAUUGGCUUUUAAAGGAACCAAUUGUGAAUGGAGCCCGUCUGGACUUUUCGGCCAGUGACUGCAUUGUUCUAGGUUUAAAUAGAAUUCUCUGCAGUGCCGACUGCAGGAUUACUAACCUGGGCCAAUUGCUAAAUGUAGCGGGACCUACCUUCUCAAACACUGAACAAGUUUCCUCUCGGCUGAAAAUCAUCUCUACUCGUGUAACUGCUCAGCUGUUGGUGAAAUGGCAAGCUAGGCUUACAGAUGAGAUUUGAACCUGUGAGUCACUUCAUCCGUCUGCUGUGUGUGUCUGUUUCAUCUAGAAUACACAAACAAACACACACUGAACUCUCCAUCAUGAUCUGCAGAAACACACACACGUGCAGGUGAUCCACACAUCUGACGUACAUCAUGCAGUCUGAUCUGAAGAAAUCUCUGCUUACUCCCAUUAAAACACUCACAUACUGUGUGACGGGAGAGAAGACACAAUACGACUGCACCAAACACAAGUCCAGACUCGGUUCAAAGGUCAAGAGCGGCGUGACCCGUCUGCAGAACACUCAUCCGAUGCGAUCGUAUCAGGCUGAGCUGGAGAGAGAGAGAAAAGUGCGUGAGGCUCUGACCGCUCAGAAGAAUGCAGAGAGAGCCGCCAUGAGGACUCAUUUCAGAAGAAAAUAUCAUCUGAGCAAGAAUGUGAAGGACAACGUGCGCGUGCGAUCUGGCGGGGGUAAAGUGGCUCUCCCCCGUGAUCUGGCUCAGAUGGUUUAUCCUGAAGCUCAAGUUAAAGACGAGACGUUCGGACUCCUCAGCGCAUUCCAGGGCCUCAGUUUCAGUGCAGGGAUUUACACCAGCAACAAACAGACCAAAACCUCCAGCGCAGUCAACACUGAGCCCUGUAAACUCAUGUGACCUCCACACGCUGAACUCUUGUUCCUGAGCGGGAGAAAUGACACUCCAGUAUAUCAUUCAUCACUUCUUCAUUCUCACUUGAGUUCUCGGGAGAAUGUGUCAAGUUGUUUCAGAUGUUAUAAUAUAGAACUCUACAUCUGUCUGUCUGUCUCACACACUGAACGCAUGUCUGUUUUCAUUCUCUGUCUCUCUCUCUCUCUCUCUCUCUGUCUCUCUCUGUCUCUCUCUCUCUCUCUCUGUCUCUCUCUCUCUCUCUCUCUCUCUCUCUCUCU